GCAGGGCUGCUCGCGUCUUUGGCUACCAGGUGACAGGUGUGUUUAUGAAGAACUGGGACCCUCUAGAUGAGCAGGGAGCUUGCUCCAUUGACAGAGAUUGUGAAGAUGCUUAUCGGGUGUGCCAGAAGCUUGAUAUCCCGUUUCACCAGGUUUCCUACGUGAAGGAAUACUGGAAUGAAGUGUUCAGUGACCUCUUAAAAGAGUAUGAAUUGGGAAGGACGCCUAAUCCCGAUAUUUUGUGUAACAAGCACAUCAAAUUCAACUACUUUCUGCAUUAUGCUAUGGAUAACCUUGGAGCAGAUGCAAUUGCUACUGGGCAUUACGCCAGGACCUCACUGGAGGAUGAGGAGGUGUUUCAACAGAAACAUACUAAAAGACCACAGAAGCUUUUCAGAAACCGUUUUGAAGUUAGAAAUACUGUGAAACUCCUUCAAGGGGCUGACCUCUUUAAGGACCAGACCUUCUUUCUAAGUCAGAUUUCACAGGAUGCUUUGAGGAAAACCAUCUUCCCUUUAGGAGAUUUAACAAAAAGUUUCGUAAAGAAGAUAGCAGCAGAACAUGACCUUCAUCAUGUGCUAAAGAAAAAAGAGAGUAUGGGGGUCUGUUUCAUUGGUGAAAGAAACUUCGAAAAUUUCCUUCUUGAGUAUUUGGAACCUCAGCCAGGUAACUUUGUUUCCAUUGAAGAUAAGAAGGUGAUGGGAAGACACAAAGGUUGGUUCCUCUUCACAAUAGGCCAGAGGGCUCGGCUGGCAGGCCUCAAGGAUGCUUGGUUUGUUGUAGACAAAGAUGUCAGCACUGGAGAUGUCUUUGUGGCACCAUCAAGAGAUCACCCUGCUCUGUACAGAGACCUGCUGCGGACAAACCGAGUGCACUGGAUAGCAGAGGAGCCUCCGGCAGAGCUGGUUAGAGAGAAGAUGAUGGAAUGUCAUUUCAGAUUUCGGCACCAGAUGGCACUGGUGCCUUGUGUCCUGACUCUAAACCAAGAUGGGAGUGUGUGGGUAACACUAGUGAAGCCAGCAAGAGCUAUCACACCUGGACAGUUUGCUGUGUUCUACAAGGGAGAUGAGUGCCUGGGCAGUGGGAAGAUCCUGAGGAUGGGCCCAUCAGUGUAUACCUUGCAACAGGGCAAAAACCGAGAGGAGAGUCCAAAGAAGGAAGAGAUUGACAAAAUAGAACCAGCAACAUAACACCUGGGAGUGUUUAUUGAAGGACUUCGGAGAAUUUGCUGCGUGAGAACAAUAAAAACUAUAAUAAAUGUGGUUCAUAAGGCCAGUUAA